GCUGGAGAAGGAAUUAGGGGAAGCGGAAGCCACUUCCCUUCCCCGGCUUUAGCGUGCCCUUUGCUCUAGCCGGCCCGCUCUCGCGAGCACCGGGCCCGCCGUGCGCUCUCUUUCAGUACGGCGGACUUCGCGUGACGUUUCCCACUCCGCCCCACGCGUGGGCUCUCGUUUGCGCCCGGUCUCUGGCCCGAGGCAUCAGGCCCUCGCCUUCCUGGUCCGGCCGGCAGCCCGCUGCGUAAGCACCAUGCUCUUCUACUCUUUUUUCAAGUCCCUUGUCGGCAAGGAUGUGGUGGUGGAACUCAAGAAUGACCUGAGCAUCUGUGGAACCCUCCAUUCUGUGGAUCAGUAUCUCAACAUCAAACUAACUGACAUCAGUGUCACAGACCCUGAGAAAUACCCUCAUAUGUUAUCAGUGAAGAACUGCUUCAUCCGGGGCUCCGUGGUCCGCUAUGUGCAGUUGCCAGCAGAUGAGGUGGACACGCAGUUACUGCAGGAUGCGGCAAGAAAGGAGGCCCUGCAGCAAAAACAGUGAUGUUCCUUCUCUCCUCCUCCGUUGGUGAUCCUUGACCUGGUGUCCCAGCCCAGGACCUCUCCAUCCACACUUGAGAUGUUGUGCUUCUGGUUUUAUAAUAGUGAAGGUGCUCUUUUUUUUUUCUUUUUUUUUUAAGGGAUGAGUAGAUCAGAGGACUAAUUAGUGGGGAGCAGCUAUCCUCAGAAGGGGGAGAUAAGUUGUCUGGGGAACUGCAAGGUGUUCCAUUUCCAGAGAUGGCAGGAGAAUCUCUUAGUUCUCUCCAGGUCAGCAUGUGAUUUUGGAGGAUGGAAGGAAUCUGUCCCGCAUCGGGAAUAAAAUUUUAUGAUGCA